AUGCAACAAAGCUGGCGUCAAGACCCAGACAAACUAACCUUCAUCAUCUGUCUCCCAGCCCAAAGCUCCCACCAAGACACCGGGAGUUCCACCCCGCUCCGCCCCGAAGACGACAGUCCCGAGCGCAUGGUCGGCGACAUCAACCUCUUCCUCCGCAUUGACGACGGCGAAGAGGGUGCGUCCGCGCCGCAGAUCAUCGGCGAGAUCGAGCUCAUGAUCGCCGAGAAGCAAAACCAACGCAAAGGCUUCGGGCGUGCCGCGCUCCUCGCCUUCUUGCGGUAUAUCGUCGACCACGAGGCGGCGAUUCUGGGCGAGUUUGUCGGCCGCGAUGCGUCGGCGUCGGAGGCGCUGGCGCUUUCAAAGGGCGCCGCUGGUUCUGGGUCUGGUGGGUGGAGGUUCUCGUGUCUGAGUGUGAAGAUUGGGCAGACGAAUGUGCGCAGCUUGGCGCUUUUUGAGAGUGUCCUGUUUCGCAAGGUUGCGGAUGAGCCGAAUUACUUUGGGGAGUUUGAGCUGCGGAGGACGGAUUUGGGGAGAGAAUGGGUUGAUGAGGCGCUUGGGCGGGCUGGGGAUUGGUUGUCGAGGUUUUAG